UCCUAAAGUUAUCACGUAUAGUAUGAAGUUGGUGGCGUGGCUCCAUAGAAACAACCAGCAAUCUAAAUUAAGAGCCUCAGAAUGUAUAGUGCGACACACAGUCUGUGACAAGUGCUUGCCAUGGCCGCGCUGCUGCGGCUCCCCACCCUCAUAUUUGAUUGUCCGGGAUCUUUCCCUCACCGUCACAAUUUCGCCGUCACGGCUGUCGACUACUCAAUACGACGCCGGAAAAGUCGAUCCUCCGCCGUCACGUGCUCCGCCUCCGGAGGGCCGUCUUCGUCGGAGAUCAGUUCCACGGCCAAAAUACGAAGCGAAGUUCUGUCUCCAUUUCGCACAGUUCGAAUGUUCUUUUAUCUUGCUUUUAUAGCUAGUGGUUCCCUUGGGGGAUUGAUAGCCCUCAGCCAGCUGAUUGGUGCCCUCGCAAAUCCAUCGAGAGCUGCUGAUAUUACUGAAAUCCUCAAGGGUCUAGGCAUAGAUGUAGGAGCAGUCUCUACUUUUGCAUUUCUUUACUAUAGGGAGAAUAAAUCUAAGAACGCUCAGGUGGCUAGGCUUUCGAGAGAGGAGUUUCUCUCGAAUCUCAAGCUUCGUGUGGAUGAGAGGAGAAUCCUUCCUCUCAGUGCUUUCAGGGGAAUUGCUCGCCUUGUUAUCCUAGCCGGUCCUGCAAGCUUCAUCCAAGACGCGUUCAAACUCAGUGAACCUUUCUCCGAGAGUCUCCUUGAAAGAGGGAUUCUUGUUGUACCAUUUGUGACUGAUGGUGGUUCGCCUAAAUUUGAGUCUGAAGAAGAAGAAGAGACGAAGGAGAUAAAUGGCAAAAGGAAAAGGCUGUGGCAGCUAGAGCCCGUUUAUGCUGCUGAAUGGAGCAAGUGGCUGGAUGAACAAAAGAAACUGGCUAAAAUCUCUCCGGAAUCUCCAGUGUACUUGUCUCUGCGCAUGGAUGGGCGAGUUCGAGGCAGUGGCGUCGGGUACCCACCGUGGAACGCCUUCGUUGCGCAGUUACCACCGGUGAAGGGGAUAUGGACCGGCCUCCUUGACGGCAUGGAUGGUAGAGUUUAAUAACCCAUCGAACUGCCCACAUAUUAAUUCAACUUUUGUUUCUAUACUUUUUUGCUUUUCAUUUAUGUAUUAUAUUUGCCAAAACUCCACUCAAUAGGACAUAUGAUGUACUUACAUUUAGUUGUAAAUCCCUCCAUCUGCAAA